AUGCUCAGCGCUGCCAUCGCCGCACCUGGAAAGCCCAAAUCUAAACUCGAAACUGUCGUCGACGCUGAUGAGCCUUUAAUUGCGACAUGCUACCGUGCUGGCAGGGCAUGCCAGUGGCCAACGGAUUGCUGCCCCGGUCUAAUUUGCGAAUGGGAUCUUGCGAAUCGAGAAUGGCAGGGUACUGCUGUUUGCAAGGACCCUGAAAGGGUGGGCAUCCACGGUUAA